AGAUGAAAUUGAGUUGCCAAACGUGGACAUAUUCGUGUGCACUGCAGACCCUAUUGCAGAGCCACCCACAUUGGUCAUCUCCACUGUUCUAUCAGCCAUGGCUUACAAUUAUCCGCCCGAGAAGCUAAGUGUCUACCUCUCUGAUGAUGCUGGGUCUGUUCUGACCUUCUACUCCCUUUGGGAAGCAUCUCACUUUGCAAAGCAUUGGAUUCCAUUUUGUAAGAAAUAUAAUGUGGAGCCACGUUCGCCAGCUGCCUAUUUUUCCAAAUUAUGUGACCCCCACGAUGCAUGCAGCCCCACUGAAUGGUCUUCUAUGAAGAAUUUAUAUGAAGAAAUGGCAAAUCGCAUCGAUUCAGUGGUAAUGCUUGGCAAGAUCCCUGAAGAACUCGGUGCAAAUAAAGGAUUUUCUGAAUGGAGUUCAGGGAUGACUUCACGGAAUCAUCCACCCAUUGUUCAGAUCUUGAUUGAUGGGAGAGACCAAGGUUUAAUAGACAGCGAUGGAAAUGCAUUACCAACAUUGGUGUACGUGGCUCGAGAGAAGAGACCUCAACAUCAUCAUAACUUCAAAGCAGGGGCUAUGAACGCAUUGAUAAGGGCAUCAUCAGAGAUAAGCAACAGUCCGAUCAUCCUUAACGUGGACUGCGACAUGUACUCGAACAACUCGGAGUCCAUCAGACAUGCAUUGUGCUUCUUCCUGGAUGAAGAGAAUGGCCACGACAUUGGCUUUGUUCAAUAUCCCCAGCUCUUUCAUAAUAUCACCAAGAAUGAUCUCUAUGACAAUUCCCUUAAUGUGAUCACUCAGGUGGACCACCCUGGCUUGGAUAGUUGGGGAGGAACUCUCUAUAUUGGCACUGGAUGCUUCCACAGAAGAGAGACCCUUAGUGGGAGGAAGUAUGGCAAGGACUACAAGGAAGAUUGGAAGAGAGGCGUUGAGAGGAAAACGACUAGCAGUGCUUGUAUGCUGGAAGAGAGAGCAAAGUCUCUUGUCACCUGCACCUAUGAGCACAACACCCAAUGGGGACAAGAG